AUGGUAUCAAUGGCUGGACGAUUUGACGAUUUUGGUCCAUUAUCACCAUCUUUGCUAUCGUCCACAACCGAUAAUCAAAAGCAACAGCAUUUAAGUUCUUACCAUUUGGAACAAUCAGAUCAAUCACAUCAGAAACCUCAGAUCUCAUCUGAAUCCAUAUCACAGUGGUUCCAGAAUAUCAUUUUCAUACGGAUUUUGAAAGCUCUUAUUUGCCUUGGAUUAUAUUGCAUUCCAGUGUAUUUCAUUGCUGCAUGCAUUUUGCAGAUUUCCUUGUUACAUCCUAUUCAGGCAGCUUUAGAUUGUUCAUCCUUGUUAUUUUCGUUUCGAAGUGUCUUGUAUUCAUUACUCUUUGCAAUUUUUGGUACAGUUCAUUCUGCCUUGUUCGCAUUUUUCGUAUUACGUUUUGAUAGCGACGAAAGACUUUCUUGUAAAUCCUUACGAGCAUGGUUGAUUUACUUCGGAUCGUUGAAUACUGCCCUUUCACAGAUUGUGUGCUUGUCACUAGGUUCGAUUUCUCCUGAAAUUACAAGAUUCUUCAUUUAUUUGCUGGUUGUUGCACAGGCUGUAGUCACUUUUCAUGAAGUAUUUCGCAGAAAUCAUCGAUUAGUAUUUCCAGUUAUUGAAGUACGGCCCUACAUGCAGUUUAAUUUCGUUUUGGUACCAGCAACUAAAAGCAUUCUGGACACAAAAUUUUCUCAAAUUUUAAAAUGGACUGCAUUGUUUGUGGUGGCUUGUGGCUUACCAUUAUUUGGUUUUUCAUUAUUUCGAAAUCUAUUCGGCAUCUCUCUAUACUUUAGUGCAUUGGUACUUUUAAUGGCUCAUUUCUUCCUGCACCAUAUUGCUAUAGGAUUAAUCAAAGUUUUCGUCCUUCAGAGUUAUGAAUUUCUCAUGCCACCACCUCACGCUGUAUUAAAUCCGACUCCAGAAGAGCAGAGGACGCUGAUGGAUGCCCUUGACUCUAAUGGCAUCAUAAAGGCUUUUGCAUUUUGGGAUUUGCGAUCAUUAAGUGCUGCGUGUCACCGUCGUCGCCAAAUAAUUUUCUCCUUAAGUCAGCCAGGCGGUCAUCCUCGCAACUGGAAUGCUAUUAAACUUUCAUGCCUGCAACACAUACAAUAUUUAAGUGUACAGUUUGAAAAUGAAAAUGACCGGAUUCGAUCCGAAACAUUCGCAAGUGUUACCGCCCCUUUAUUGCCGUCAUCAGACAGUAAUCGCCCAGUUAUUUUGGGUCAAAUGGCAUGGCAAAAAGAUGGUCUUCGACAACGUUCCAUGCCUAUGAAUUUGCGAAAAGAUAGUAAAGAUUCCUUGCAUGGUAGUCUUGCGAAUAAAUUACCAUCCUUUCUGGAUAAAUUUAAGUCUCUCAUUCAUAUCGAUCAUCAUAUUGUUUCAUUCUUUGAUGUCUAUGUUGGUAUCCUCGCGAUAGAAAGUGUGUCGGCACUUAUUUGCGUAUCACUGAAUGAGGAUCGUUUCGGUGUGGUACAGAAAGAUUUACAUCAAAUAAUAUCGACACUGCUUCAGUUUUGCAGUCAUCUCGAAAGAUACAUGCGUUCCGUUAAAAAGGAUAAGGAAUGGCAAAACAAGACAUGUGUACCGCUUCUGACUUCGUCUACCAUGGCAUUGAGUCGUAUGCGCUUCACAUUUCCGGAAGGUUCAAUAUCCAAACUACUAAAUGCCCAAGAAGCAACCUAUUUCGAGAAGCUGACGUCGUUUGAUUAGAAAUCUUGAGUGCCGUUCUGUAUGAUCUCAUGCAAACACUGAGUUUAUAAAAGUGUCUGAAAAUUUUCC